AUGGGUUGAGUUACAGCCAGUGGGUUGGGUUUGUAGGGAGGUGGGUGGAGUCCAGCUCAGUGAUUGCCUCUGGUGGACUUUGUUCCUUGAUCCUUACAUGGUCUCCUGGGAGCGGUCAAUCAGCCCUGGAGCCUGGGCUCAGACCGGGCCUGAAGGACACUCGCUGACAGACACACAGACACACACACACACACACAUGCACAUCCCUAACCCCUCACAUGAUGUUGGGCUUUUUCCGAUCGUGGACUUUGGGCUUUGGGUGGAUUUCGCUGAGCACCAGCCUUGUGGACAGCCUUCUACAGGGUGUUAUCGGGGCCUGUGCUGUCUGUGUGCUGUGUAACCUGCUGCGGAUGCACCUUUACAUCUUGUGUUUAAAUGGACCCUCCCAUCUCCGGAGGGAAGCCUCCAAACUGCGCGCCCAGUCACAGCUGCUGGAGUUCCUGCACCUGGUGAUCAUGUCUGGCCUGUUCUCGGUGGUGGGCGCCCGGGUCUCCUCCCUGGUGGUGCUGGAAUUCUCCCUCCGGACAGUCUCCAUGUUGCUCUCCGCUAAACAGGAGGCGUGUGGUGCCCAGGCCUUCCUGCUGUGUCAGUAUUCCCUGGGUUGUGGCAUGACAGCCAGCCUGAGCUACCUGAACGAGAGUGCCCCCCACUCCACGUGCAGCCUGGCGCUGAGCACGGGCCUGGCCGGGCUGCUGGCCUGGUCCCUGGAGAAGCUGGUGAGACACGUGACCACCAUGUACCAGCUCCACAGCACCGAGCGUUACUGCGGGGCCUGCCUCUCGCUCCUCACCACCUGGCACCAAGUCCCCGCGCUGCUCGGACACGCCAUGAAGAUCGCCUUCGCUGUGGCCGACGUGGCCGCCAUCUUCCUCAUCAACAGAGACUUCCUCACGGCCUCCGAGGCCCUGCGCUUCUGGACACCAUUGACCAUCUGCUACACCCUCUUGGUCAUCUACAUGCAAGAGGAGCAGAAACAGAAGUCGAGUGAGCAGAGCUGUAUCCAGACAGUGUGUGUGAGGAUGGGGGGCCUUUUGAUCCUCACCCUGACUGUGGGCCGUUGGGUGGAUGUGCUCCACGUCCUCCUCUCCCUCCUGGGGGAGCUGUGGUGUCUGAUCCGGGUGGCCAACAUGCUGGAGGUCUGCAGACUGCAGGAGGCCAUCGAGCUCCAAGGUCGAGGUGGGACAAGACAGCUGUCAACGGAGAGGAGAUCCAGGGUCUCAAACACCCCAAAGCCUGGAGCAUUAGGAGACAGCGACUGAUGGAAGAGAGGACAGCCCCCCACCCCACCGGCCUCAACACGUACUCUGUUGGACAUCCUGCAUUGAGGCCCCUUCCCCCUGCAAACGCCCACUGCUCACACCUACUGCUCACACCCGUUUGUAAACCGUUGAGAUGUGGAAUGGGAUCCGGGUGUUUCCCACAAGCUCUAAUUCUCUAUGUGGUGCUCGUACUCACGAAGGUGUAUGAACAUUGUGGAAUGAGUUCUAUAAUGAUUGCUUUGAUUUUUGAUACAGCGCCUUAUCGUCGUCGUCGAGACGUCUCAAAGCGCAUCACAAGUUUUUAAUGUGAAUUGUCGUGACAGUGCACCUUCUGAGCAAACGCGGCAGCCAAGUUGC